AUGACCGGAACGAUCGCACUUCAACGGCCCGUCGUCGAUACGUCCAAUCUAACCGUCGACACGACAGGAACAACUGCACCUCAACUACCCAUCAUCGAUAUGUCAAGUUCGAUCAUUGACACGACUGGAACAACCGCACCUCAACUAUCCGUCAUCAAUAUGUCCAGUCCGCCCGUCGACACGUCCGGUCCGACCGUCCGUAGACACGACCGGAACAACCGCACCUUAACUACUCGUCAUCGAUAUGUCCAGUUCGACCCUCGACACGUCCGAGCCGACCAUCGUCACGACGGCAUCUCAACGUCCCGUCGUCGACACGUCCUGUCCGACCGUCAACAUGACCGGAACGAUCGCACUUCAACGGCCCGUCGUCGAUACGUCCAAUCUGACCGUCGACACGACAGGAACAACCGCACCUCAACCACCCAUCAUCGAUAUGUCAAGUUCGAUCGUCGACACGUCCGGAACAACCGCACCAUAACUAUUCGUCAUCGAUAUGUCCAGUUCGACGGUCGACACGUCCGAGCCGACCGUCGUCACGACCGCAUCUCAACGUCCCGUCCGACCGCCAACAUGACCGGAACGAUCGCACUUCAACGUCCCGUCGACGACACGUCCUGUCCGACCGUCAACAUGACCGCGAUCGCACUUCAACGGCCCAUCGUCGACACGUCCUGUCCGACCGCCAACAUGACCGGAACGAUCGCACUUCAACGUCCCGUCGUCGACACGUCCUGUACGACCGUCAACAUGACCGGAACGAUCGCACUUCAACGGCCCAUCGUCGACACGUCCUGUCCGACCGUCAACAUGACCGGAACGACCGCACCUCAACGUCCCGUGGUCGACACGUCCUGUCCGACCGUCAACAUGACCGGAACGAUCGCACUUCAACGGCCCAUCGUCGACACGUCCUGUCCGACCGCCAACAUGACCGGAACGAUCGCACUUCAACGUCCCGUCGUCGACACGUCCUGUACGACCGUCAACAUGACCGGAACGAUCGCACUUCAACGGCCCAUCGUCGACACGUCCUGUCCGACCGUCAACAUGACCGGAACGACCGCACCUCAACGUCCCGUGGUCGACACGUCCUGUCCGACCGUCAACAUGACCGGAACGAUCGCACUUCAACGGCCCGUCGUCGACACGUCCAGCGCAACCGGAACGACCGCACCUCAACGUCCCGUCGUCGACACGUCCUGUCCGACCGCCAACAUGACCGGAACGAUCGCACUUCAACGGCCUAUCGUCGACACGUGUAGUCCGACCACACUUCAAUUACCUGACCUCAAAACCCGUCCAAUGAUCCAACCGACCGACAAUCAACUUAUCUACCAAUGGCUUCACAAAAGAUUAGCCGAUCAGUCUACCCGAACCUGA